GAAGAAGAAGAACAACAAAACUUGCUGCAGACUUGCGGUUCACGUACAGCCCGUGUGCGAACUAGGCGCUCCGUUUAACAGCUGCAGGCAUGGAGGGAUCCGGGGAAGAGUUUCUGAAAUACCGCUCACCGCUGGUGUCCCGGUACGCCAGCAAAGAGAUGGCCUACAACUUCAGUGACAGGAAAAAAUUUACAACGUGGAGAAAGCUGUGGAUUUAUCUCGCGAAGGCCGAAAAGUCUUUGGGUCUCCCUAUAAGUGAUGCUCAGGUAAGCGAGAUGGAGUCUCACUCGGAGGACAUUGAUUUCGUUAUGGCUGCGGAGGAGGAGAGGAAACUAAGGCAUGAUGUCAUGGCUCAUGUGCACACAUUCGCUCAAUGCUGUCCCACCGCUGCUCCCAUCAUCCACUUGGGUGCCACUUCCUGUUAUGUGGGUGACAACACGGAUCUGAUUAUGCUGCGUGAUGGAUUUGAUAUCCUGCUGCCCAAGUUGGCUCGUGUCAUUGACAGACUGGCGAAUUUUGCAGAGAAAUACGCCGACCUGCCGACAUUAGGCUUCACCCACUAUCAACCUGCUCAGCUGACGACAGUGGGGAAGCGCUCCUGUCUGUGGCUCCAGGAUCUGCUCAUGGACAUGAGAAACCUCCAGCGGGCCAGAGAUGACCUGCGCUUCAGGGGUGUUAAAGGAACCACAGGCACUCAGGCCAGCUUCCUGCAACUUUUCCAGGGGGAUCAUGACAAGGUGGAGGACUUGGAUAAGAUGGUUACUGAGAUGGCUGGAUUUAAAAAAUCAUAUCUGGUGACAGGUCAGACGUACAGUCGGAAGGUGGAUAUCGACUCGGUCUGUGUGCUGUCCAGCCUCGCAGCCACAAUACACAAGAUUUGCACUGAUAUCCGUCUGCUGGCUAAUCUAAAAGAGAUUGAGGAGCCGUUUGAGAAAGAGCAGAUUGGUUCCAGUGCAAUGCCAUACAAGAGGAACCCCAUGCGUGCGGAGCGCUGCUGCAGUCUGGCCCGCCACCUGAUGGCGCUGGUGUCCGACCCGCUGCAGACAGCAGCAGUGCAGUGGCUGGAAAGAACCCUGGACGACAGCGCUAACAGGAGGAUCUCCUUGCCUGAGGCCUUUCUUACAGCUGAUAUCAUCCUCAGCACAUUGCAAAACAUCACUGAAGGCCUAGUGGUCUAUCCUAAGGUGAUUGAGAGGCACAUCCGCCAUGAGCUGCCCUUCAUGGCUACUGAAAACAUUAUCAUGGCCAUGGUGAAAGCUGGAGGAAACAGACAGGACUGCCAUGAGAAGAUCCGUGUGCUGUCCCAGCAAGCUGCAGCCGUAGUCAAGCAGGAAGGGGGCGAUAAUGACCUCCUAGCUCGGGUUCAAGCUGAUCCAUAUUUCACCCCUAUAUUAGGAGAGCUGGAUGCCUUACUGGACCCUAAAACCUUCAUUGGCCGAGCCCCACAACAGGUUACUAGGUUUUUGUCUGAGGAGGUCAGGCCUGUUCUAGAGCCAUACAAAAGCAAAAUGGAUGUGAAGAUUGAACUGGAGCUCUGAAACGCACAUUACUGUAUGACUGACACAUCAGCACUGUCUGACAAUGAAUAAAUAUCUAUCUGCA